AGGCAGGCAAGCAGCUAGUCUGGCUCCUACCUUGACUGCGGAUGUAAAUAAUAACAUUGUGCAUUUCAGCCCAGCAAUAUAUUUCUGAAACGUCACAAGGACAAGCUUCGAUUUCUUCUUGGUGAUUUUGGGCUUGCUUGUGAGCAUCACGAAGUAGAGAACGAGAUCAUGAAAGAAACUGGAGAUGCCGUGUCGUUCAUAGUAAAGCAUACUUCUGGAAUUGGGACUAGGACGUAUGCUGCACCAGAACAGCUGAAUUCUGGUACGUGGAUAUAUUUGGGGCUGGUCUGA